GUAUAAAAAAAAUUGUCACACUCCUAAGUUUUUACACUAAAAUUACACACUAUAACUAUAUAACGUGUAAUUAAUCAUUAAUUGCACGUUUUAGUGUAUAAUAUUUUUGUGCAAUAAUUUGGGAGAGUGUGUGUUGGUCAGCAAAUUGGUAUUUUUGGUAAUGAGAGACUGACUGCUUAGUACUGGACUAGUUUUGGGGCUAGGGCUUAAGCGGCGGCUAGAGGAAGAAGAAGAAGAAGAAUUGUGUCUAUGGGGGCAAGCAGCGAUCCAACCCAGGACGGGUCCGACGAACAGCAGAAACGGUCAGAGAUCUACACAUAUGAGGCACCAUGGCACAUCUACGCCAUGAACUGGAGCGUUCGCCGUGACAAGAAAUACCGCCUCGCCAUCGCCAGCCUCCUCGAACAGCACCCAAACAGAGUCGAAAUCGUCCAGCUUGACGACUCCAAUGGCGAGAUCCGCUCCGAUCCUUCUCUCUCCUUCGAACACCCGUACCCUCCGACAAAAACAAUCUUCAUUCCCGACAAGGAGUGCCAAAAACCCGACCUCCUCGCCACAUCGAGCGACUUCCUCCGAGUCUGGCGCAUAUCCGAUCAGGACUCCGGCGUCGAGCUCAAAUCUCUUCUUAAUGGAAACAAGAACAGCGAGUUCUGUGGUCCGCUCACCUCCUUCGAUUGGAACGAGGCCGAGCCCAAACGAAUCGGAACCUCAAGCAUCGACACCACUUGCACAAUCUGGGAUAUCGAGCGUGAAGCCGUCGAUACUCAACUCAUCGCUCACGAUAAAGAGGUCUACGACAUUGCUUGGGGCGGGGUCGGCGUCUUCGCCUCCGUCUCCGCCGAUGGCUCCGUCAGAGUCUUCGAUCUUCGCGAUAAAGAACACUCCACAAUCAUUUACGAGAGUUCCGAGCCCGAUACUCCUCUGGUUCGACUCGGCUGGAACAAGCAGGACCCUAGGUACAUGGCUACGAUAAUCAUGGAUAGCGCCAAGGUCGUCGUUCUUGAUAUCCGCUUCCCUACUCUUCCCGUGGUCGAGUUGCAGAGGCACCAAGCUAGUGUUAACGCCAUUGCUUGGGCUCCCCAUAGCUCUUGUCAUAUAUGCACCGCAGGGGAUGAUUCUCAGGCUCUCAUUUGGGACCUCUCCUCCAUGGGUCAGCCUGUUGAGGGUGGAUUGGAUCCCAUCCUUGCUUACACUGCUGGGGCUGAGAUUGAGCAGUUGCAGUGGUCUUCUUCACAACCUGAUUGGGUUGCCAUUGCUUUCUCUAGUAAGCUUCAAAUAUUGAGGGUAUGAAGAAAACAAACUCACUCGUCACUAUAGCUAAAACUCUCUCUUCUCUUGUGAGUUUGAUUAUUGGUAUGAUGAAUAGCAAAGAAGGAUCGAUCAUUGAAGCAAGAGAAAGCUCAGCUAUGGUGGUGAUGAUAAUGAUGUGGAAGAGGAGGAGGAGGAGGGAAAUGGUUUCUGGGUCCUUCUACAAUGGCUACUAGUACUGUUACUACUAACCCCUUUUUCUUCUUUGUUUCUUGUUUAGUGUGUUACUCACCUCAUAAUUCAUUCCUUAUUUUGUCCAUUUACAUACAUUGUUGCUUGUUUGAUUCAUGUUCAUUGUAACCAUUGAAACUAUACUAUGUAGAUACCUUAACUCUAGGAUUUUGGUAGCAUGGCAUUCAUAGAAGAAUGCAAUUAGGUCACUAGUACCAGAACUAGACCAAUAUGUUAAUUGCUAGCUUGAAUGGUCAGACAUGUUGUUACCAAGAAUGCAAUUAGGAUUGAGUUCUGAGUCUCUUAAUAUUCUAAAGAAAUAUGUCAAAGAUCGAGUUCAGUUCAUCAGGGGUUAGUUGUAACAUAAAAGAUUUAGUUUCCUAGUAACCAUUAGGUGAGUUAAGACUGGUUGAUUUUGGGAUUUGGAGAUGUUGGUUGGUUCAAGAGAAACUAUGUUUUGUGAUGUGCAAGUGCUAAUAAUGAAUGUAUAUCUUCUCUUUUACA